AUGGCACCCCGCGUAUUUCUCAUCACCGGUACUUCGACUGGAUUCGGAGAAGAGCUGGUCAAGGUUGUCCUUAAGAACGGUGAUCAUGUCGUCGCCACAGCUCGCAACAGCUCGAAGCUGAAGUUCGACGGUGCGAACGACUCGAACAGCCUUCUGGUUGAUCUCGACGUCACCAACAAGAGCUCCAUUGACAAGGCUUUCGACGCUGCGAUUAAGAAGUUCAAGCGCGUCAAUGUAGUCGUGAACAAUGCAGGCUAUGGUCUAAGCGGGCCUUUCGAGACACUUUCGGAUAAGCAGCUGAGGCAGCAAAUGGAGAUCAACUUCUUUGGCCUGAUCGAUGUGACUAGGAAGGCAUUGGAGACCAUGCGUGACCUCAAGACUGGAGGCGUCAUCCAGCAAGUUACCUCUGUCGGUGGCCAGAUUGGUGUACCCUCCUUCUCCAUCUACUGUGCGUCCAAAUGGGCAGUCGAGGGAUUCACAGAAACUCUGUCGAAGGAGCUGAAGCCCGAGUGGGGUAUCAAGCUGACCUGCAUCGAGCCUGGCGGCUUCCGAACCGACUGGUCUGGCCGCAGUAUGCAGUUCGGUGAGGUCAAGAACGACGCCUACGACCACAUUGAUCCAAAAAAGAACGCACAAGCGAGGAACGGCACUCAGCCUGGCGAUCCAGCAAAGGCCGCCAAGGUCUUCUAUGACCUGGCUGUCAUGGAUGAUCCUCCACUUCGCUGCGCCGUCGGCACCGACGCAUACAAGGCUAUAACCGCCAAGAUUGACACAUACAAGGAGAAUGUGGAGAACUUCAAAGAGUGGACCAACAGUACCGAUGUUGAUGGCUACAAAGCGCCUAGCUAG